AUGAGAGAUCUGUUUUCCAACACCGAGGUGUACCACGUACUGGAGCAGAUCGGGAAAGGCACCUUCGGGACCGUAUCGAGAUGCUGGAGGAGCCGAGACGGAGCACUGGUGGCCGUCAAAAUGUUAAAAUUUGACCCGCAGAGGAACCGGGUGAUACGCAAUGAAUUGAAACUAAUACGCCUCGUUUGCAGAGAGGAUCUAUCAAACUGCCACAUCGUUCGCUUCUUUGAGGAGUUUCACGACCAAAGACACCACUAUCUGGUGUUUGAGUUGCUAGAGAUGAGUCUUCACCAGCUGCAGAAGAAGAAUGGAUUCAAACCCCUGAGCGUGCGCGUCAUCCGCGUCAUCACCGGCCAGAUGCUGAAAGCGCUGCAAAAGUUGAAGGAUCUUGCGAUCAUCCAUGCGGACUUGAAACCGGAGAAUGUCAUGCUCGUGGACCACAGCCGCUACCCGUUCAGAGUGAAGUUAAUAGACUUCGGCUCCGCCAGUAUCUUCAGUGAGGUGCGCUUUGUGAAAGCGCCGUACAUCCAAUCCAGGUACUACAGGGCCCCAGAGGUCCUGCUGGGCCUGCCCUUCAGUUGGAGGGUGGACAUGUGGUCCCUCGGCUGUGUGAUGUCAGAGCUCUACCUGGGCUGGCCCCUCUACCCCGGAGAUUCAGAGAUGGAGCAGGUGCGCUACAUCUGUGAGACACAGGGUCUGCCCCACGCCAGCCUGCUCUGCUCCGCCAGCAAGUCACACAUGUUCUUCAACCGUAUCAAGAACAGCAGCGGGGCCACUCAGUGGCAGCUGAAGACCAACCGGAAGUGCCUAGCUCCGUGGGAGGUCAGAGGUCAAGGUCAGGGCCCAGGGGAGGGCCUAGGCGGAGGAGGAGGAGGAGGAGGUCGGGAGAGGAGGAAGUACGUGCUGAGGUCUCUGGACCAGCUGAGUGACAUGAAGCCCAGGGAGCGAGAGGCGGAGCUACGCCCGGACGAGGCUGAGGCGGAGGAUACAGACCGUCACUGCAUGGUGAAUCUGCUCAAGAGGAUCCUGACCCUGGACUCCAACCUGAGGAUUUCCCCCAUGUCGGCACUCCGCCACCCUUUCCUCACCUUGGCGCACCUGUCCGGCGCCGCCCGGUUCAGCUGUUACCACCACAACGCCACACAGGCCAUGGAGCAGGCCAGCUUGGUUGAGACGGCGCCGGCUCAAAUCUCGAGACAGGUGCAGCCGCGACAACCCCCUCAACCUCCACGCCCUCAUACCCAGGGCGGCCUCAACGCCCGGCUCUGUUGCGCCAGGCCGCUGAGGGACGCCCACCUGCCUCGCCCUGGUCCUCCAGCCUCCCCCGCCGGGUCCUCAUGUCCCCCAUGCGAGGCGCUCAGCGACGGGCUGCUGACCCAACAGUUCGACGAGCCGUCCUUCAUGAGUGACUGUCAGAAUUUGGACCGUCCCACAGAAGCUCAGAACCCAUGGGAACGACAAGUCGCCGUCCGGUCUUCCCUGGCUGACUCUGGAGCGUCCAACCGCGACCCGAAGGGAUCAGACACUCUCAGCGCCCCCAGGGCAUCAGGUCUGGCGGGGGUCCCGUCCCGCGGCCGUGUUCCCCGCCCGUGCGGGUGUUCCACGGGGGAAUCCCCCAGCCGGCCCUACCAGCUCUUCCCCGCUGCGGCAGCCCGGAGCUCCCCCACCCAGCGCCAGGGCUGUCGUCCUGGGCCCGACGUACGCACUGCGACCUGGACCCCACACACCCCCUUACAUCAGGCCGUCGCGUACCAGGUCCUUUCGUAUUCCCUGCCACACCCGACGGACCCCCCUCAUCAGCCCCCCCGAUCCCUCCACCAUCCCCAGCACCGGCACCCGGGAGCGGGCUCGCAUCAGUUCCCCCAGGGCGAGUGGCGAUUCCCGGGCCCGCUUGGCGGAGGGGGACCCCGGACGAACGGCCCGCCGUCUUCCUUCCAACCAAACACAAGUACGGCGGGACGCCACUGCUUCCAGCCCCCGGCCCGCUCCUCCUGGUCCGACCCGUACCUCUGCGGGCUAGGUCGGGGCCCCAGGUGGCCCGAGGGGCACCGGGAAGCUUCUCCCCCACUUCCCCUUCUCUGCAGUUCCUGCACCAGGGAGACUCUGUGUACCCCGACCCCGGUCGCACUGCACCCCCAGACCCACACCGGAAUGGGUCGGAAUGAGUUCCUGACCCAGGAUCGGAAUGAGAUCUCGUCCGAGGACCGGAACGAGGUCAAGACCAAGGACAAGCAUGAGGUCCAAAUUCCGGUCGCAGUAAAACAAAUGAUUGAUGUCCAGACCCAGACCAUGGAGCCAGAGCAGUAUGAGGUCCACACCCAGCCCCAGCCUGAGCUCCAGGCCAAACCCCUGCUACAGCAUCAACCCCAGGCACCGUCCCUCACAGGGCCUCCAUCAGACCUCCACCCUGAUCUGGGUCAGCCGGGCCCCGGCCCGGGCUUCCAGGCAGAGAACCAGCCUCAGGAGUCCAGGGUCCAACCCCAAGAGGGCCCUUACCUGACCAGGGACGACACCAAAGACCAGGGAGCAGAGACAGACGACCACCAGCCUCCGAGCAAUGAGGCUUCAGUCCUGUGUGGAUCCGAGGGGGGCAGUACCUUCCAUCCUGGCCAGCACUGGAAGAGUCCCCUGGCCGGGUGUAAGAUCCUGAUAUCAGGCCCUUCCUCGGGGUCUCACCUCCAGCACCCACUUCACCACUCAUGGUCCAGCCCAGAGAAGGGUGGGGUAUGAGGGAGACUAUGGUGGGACAGCCCAAUGACGGCUGACUUCAAAACAACAGACUGUUGAAAGUCGAGGAGAAACGAGAAAGAGUGAGCUUUAAGCCACAUCUUUUGUAAU